CAAAGGAAUGGGGUGUGACUCUGCUGCAGGCGGAUCGUGAGAUGGACGUCGGUCCCAUCUGGGCGACCAAGACGUUCUUCAUCAAGCAUGAGCACCCGACAAAGUCCAGCCUUUACCGCAUCGAGUGCAUCAAUGCGGCCAUGGUGUGUAUCCGCGAGUUCGUCUCGAAGCUGCAAAGUGGCCAGCAGCCCCGCCCUCUCGACUACAGCAAGCCUGAUGUGAAAGGCCGCUUACGACCAAGGAUGCUAACAGACGACAGGACAGUCGACCGGAACUUAUCUGCACAGGAAAUUGCUCGCAUUGUGCGCUGCUGCGACUCACAGCCCGGCGCCAUGGGAACCAUACUCAACAAGCUUGUUCAUCUCUACGGUGCCCACGUCGAGAAGCAACCUGACGCCAUCUUGAAGGCACUUGUAGAUGAGAGGCAUCCAGGGGAUGUGAUAGGCAGUAGGCACAACGCCAUUCUCGUCCGCUGCGGAGACGAAACUGUACUCUGGAUCACUCAUGUCCGUCUAGCGACAUCACUGAUCAAGCCCCCAGCAACCAUGACGUUGUUCCCAGAUGUAGAGCCACUAGGUGAACUGCCCCACAUUGCAGAGCCGAAGGUCGUGAUUCCGUUCGGGCAGUGGCCGGCUGCUUCCACAUUCCAAGAGAUAUUCCUUUGGCAGCGAGCGAGGAUUGCCUACCUAUGGUUUGACUUCUACAAUGGGGCAAUGAAUACAGAGCAGUGUCAGAGGCUCACACAGACCAUCACUGAAAUAGAGAAGGAUGAGAGCACAGAUGUGAUGGUGUUGAUGGGAGGCAGAGAUUUCUUCAGCAACGGCAUCCACCUCAACACCAUUGAGGCAGCAGACGAUCCUGCAGAGGAGAGUUGGAGAAACAUCAAUGCCAUCGACGAUGUCGUCAAGUGCAUCCUCACCAGCACCAAGUUGACCAUAGCUGCGUUGGUUGGAAAUGCGGGAGCAGGUGGGGUCAUGACCGCCAUCGCCGCAGAUUUGACGUGGACUCACGCGAAUGCCGUUCUGCACCCGAGCUAUAAAGCCAUGGAUCUCUUCGGAUUCGAGUACUGGACACACUCGUUGCCCAAGCGUGUCGGCAGCGAGGUGGCACACCAGUUGACGUCUAACACUGAACCGGUCUCCGCACGUCACGCCCUUUCUCUGGGACUGAUUGAUGCCAUCCUAUGUGAAAACAGGCUGAGAUUUGUAGAGCAUGUGGCCAAGCGGGCCGAGGAGACAGCUCAGGACCCAGCAACUCUGCCACUUAUGGAGGACAAGAAGAGCAGAUGCAGAUGUCCCCAAUUCAUUGCCACAUUGGAGUCAUGCAGAUAGAACAAGCUUGAAAAGAUGAGGGUCUGCUUUGCAAGCGAAAUGUACCAUGCCAAGCGUCAUGCAUUCGUCACAAAGUCUCAUCUCGUGGCUUGCCGGGGAAGUUGCCGCCAAUAGGAGAAGCAAGUUAUGGCAACAUGUCAAAGAGCUCUUCUCAUCGUCAUGUCUUGGAAUUGUUUUUUUGGAGAACAGACAGACAGACAAACAAACACCAUCUGGCAAUGCGACUACUACCGCCUUUUUCUCCUCUUGAACAGAAUGCGACCAGAUACCGAAUGAACAAAGUUAUCUUUCCAGU